AUGGUGUCAUGGAAUGUGAAGGGGCUCAAUAAAGAUAGAAAGAGGGGAUUAGUCAGGAAUCUGAUUAAUCAGUGGGUAGCAGAUGUAUACAUUUUGGUAGAAACUAAAUUGGUGGGCAGUGUAAAUAAUAUUAUUCAAAGUAUAUGGGACAAUAGAUGGGUGGGGGAGGUGCAUUUGGAGGUUGUUGGGACUAGUGGAGGAAUACUGAUCUUAUGGGAUAGGAGAGUGUGGGAAGGGCAGAUGGCGGAGUGUGGCAAUCAAUGUAUAACUUGUAAAAUGACGGGACAAAACUCAGAUUUUACUUGGUUUCUAACAGCUGUCUAUGCUGACUGUAAAAAAAUUGAAAGAAGGGAACUAUGGGGGGAGCUUUACUCAAUGAAGGAAAGGUGUGCAGGGCCAUGGGUCGUGGGGGGAGACUUUAAUGUCAUCCGAUACCCUAUUGAGAGAACAAAUUGUCUGAGAAUCAAUGGAGCUAUGGCUGAGUUCUCUGAAUGCAUAGAAGAACUGGAGUUAGUGGAUCCUCCUUUAUUUGGAGGUUCCUUCACAUGGAGAAGAGGUGAAAAUCAUAGAAGUGCUUCCAGAAUUGAUAGAUUCCUCUACUCUUCAACAUGGGAGGAACAAUUCACUCUUAUUAAACAAUCAGUUUUGGCUAAGAUAGGAUCUGAUCAUAAUCCUAUUUUGCUAUCUUGUGGAGAGUUGAAAUUCAAAAAAUCUUACUUUAGAUUUGAGAACUGGUGGAUAGGAGUAGAGGGGUUCAAGGAAAAUGUGAAACUGUGGUGGGGAUCAUUUGUGGUAGACGGGAGGCCUUGCUUUGUUCUGGCUGAAAAGCCGAAAAUGGGCAACUGGAAACAGAGGAAGGAGGAUAUUCUAAAUCAAUUGGCUAAUUGGGAGGCUGUACAAGAACAAAGAAUUCUUACAGAUGAUGAGGCAGUACAAAAAUCAAAUUUAGCUAUGGAGUAUGAGGAAGUAGCAAGAAACGAAGAAAUAGCUUGGAAGCAAAGAUCCAGGAUACAAUGGCUGAAACAGGGAGACAAAAAUACAAAAUACUUUCACAGGAUAGCAACAGCUCACAAAAGGGUUAAUUCCAUUGAUAACCUGACUGUGGGGGAAAUGAGGUGA